AUGCAAUGCGACGAUUAUAAAAGAUAUUAUCCAAAAAAGACUUAUAAACAAAUAAUUCUAAAAUAUUUAUGCACUCUCAUUGGUAACACAUUCCGAAGGAUCAAAUUAUUCCUCUUAGGAUCGAAAGUUAUGGAAGAUUCAAAUACUUAUACGAGAAACUAUCCGAAGUGGAUCAAGAUCAAUUAUUUUGCUACACUUAGAUAUCCUCCUUAUAAAUCUUUGAAUAUAACUCCAGACAAUAUAAUUAUAGAUUAUUUCCGAAGUCAAACAAAAGAUUCAUCAGAAACAACUAUCUACAAAGGGAAAGAGAUGCUUUAUUAUCAAAGUAUAUUACGAUUCAACAGAUUCUAUACAUUAAGUGAUGAAGAUAUUACAACUUUAGGAAAAUUUGCAAUGAAACUUUUUGUAAAAGACUAUGAUCGAAAUCAUCUCAAAGAAAUGCAUUAUUAUACAGCCAAUAAAAUGGGAUGUAUCUUUGAAGGAAUCAUCACAGAUUAUGCUAUUCUUCAUGAUGCACCAAAAGAAGUGAUCGAAUCCAUUCAAGAAUUUGCAAAAGGAACAAAGUAUACAGAAGAUUUCACAUUCAGCGAUCAAUUCCUUCCAAGACGCAACAUUACAGCUGCUCCGAUUAUUCACUAUAAAACAGGAAAAUAUAUUGGAAUUCAUCCUCACAAACCAGAAGAUCUUGGACUUGAAAUACUUCAAGCAGCUGAAUGCUGUUUGUGUAAGAUGUAA